AUGGUUUAUUUCUCGUCUAAAUGCCUGAGCAGAAAGUACAGUGAUUCAAGAAGGAGACGUGAUGAUGGCAGCGAAAUGUCUGGAAUCUCAGAAAUGGGAAGCGCGUCUGGAGGCUGUGACGCAAUGAUGAUUGACAGCAAAGGUAACAUGUACAGGACGGCGGGAAGAGUCUCGAGUAGCCAGGAAAAAAAUGGUCUGUAA